CCGGCUUCUGCUGCUAACAAAGCUGUUGUGGUUUUGAUGCUUUAUCUUUGCUUUGGAUGACCAGUACUUAUAAAUGCCUUUUGUCCACUUCUUUUGAUGCUAGUCUCAUGAAAAGUCAUUCAACAUUGUACAUUUGUUACAUCUAUUGCCUUUGUUCGCAACAGCAAUCCUUUGUUUGGACAUGGCGCAACUUUCUUUGUUUGCCCCAGACCAGAUCCUUUUCUUCGUGAGUACGCAACCUUAUGUUAUCUCAACCCUCAAUCGGCUCAGCAUAAAUAUCAGGGCGUUUCUUUCGGAGUAUCCGCGCAGAUGGUUUGAGCUGCCAACUUCAUUCUCAUAUUUGCAUACUUUGCCUACUCAAAGCUAAACUCAGGUAGUAGGUCUACUGUUCGAAUUCGACAAUGGGAGUGUUGAUGCCCACCGGAAAGUGGCAGUGGUUCGACGCGGAUGCCAAUUUCCAGCCGGAGGACCAUCGCAAGUUCAGAGAGGACAUCACACGAUGGCUACUGCGACGGCUGGGCAAGACUGAGGUAGGAGAAGACGGGCAUCCGACGCAACUGACUGAGGUCCAAAAGCGCAUGAUUCGCGAUGCCCUGACGCGUCGCAACCGGGAACUGCAGGCCCAGACGCAGUCAACAGGGAUUUACACCGAUGAAGAAAAGCAGGAGGCCUUGGCCACCGGAAUACCGCUUCCUCCUCCUCCCGGGGCCGAUGCUGUUCUUCACGCCGCCCAUCAGACACCGGACAUUAUCAUUGAUCCAGUCUCAAGGCUGUUUGACUGUCCAUGUUGUUUUCGAACUCUACCAUCAAGGUACCUGGAGCCAGAACACUGGUGGAAGCAUGUUGAAAGCGACCUGUGCAGUGGGACUUGUCUCCUUGACCGGUGUUUCAUGAAGCCCCAACCGUUCAACAUCGAUCACUACUACCGGCACGUACGGGAGUAUCACAACCCCAGAAAGUUGUGGACCCUGGAGGAUAUCGACGAAGUGCGGGGGACACCACACCACCCGUUCCCGUCUAUUUGUCCCAUCUGUAACUACACCGACAGUGACCAUGAACGUGUCGCCAUCCACAUUUCCAAAGAACUCCGCUAUUGGGGCUUUAAUUUCGCUGCCCUGGUUCACUGAGCGGGGCUUGCUACUGGUGGGCGAGGAAUCGGAGAAUGAGAUGGAUCGCCUGUGGCCCCCUGGCUGCAACGUGUCCCCGUCUGGCACGAACUCGUACGAAGCCUGGGCGGAGAGCGAGGAUUAAAAACGGAGAACCUGAGUCGCUCCAUGGGGCUUCGGGCUUUUGAGGCCUUGAUCCCACAAGACCUGUUGCUCGGAAUGAAAUUAGAAUGAUCAAUCUUUUCGAUUUUAUGAAUAAAGUUCGGACUCCGUGACCGAGUCACAUUGUUGAGGUAAUGAGAUCAAUCAUCCAUCAUGUAGGGUAAGUAUAUCACUAAUUAGAAAGACAAUCGCGGAAAUAGGACAGAGGCACCAACGAUAAGUGCAUAGCCCGACACAGACCCAUGCUAGUCGACGUCUCCUCGACCUCUAGCCGAGUCUGCG